AUGCCUCCACGCAGCACCAUCAAGGAUGUCAUCAUCACCCCAGUCGCGUUCCACGACAUGCCCCUGCUCAACAGCGUAGGCGUGCACGAACCAUGGGCCCUGCGCAGCGUCAUCGAGAUAGUGACCGACAAGACAUACGGCCUUGGGGAGUCAUACGGAGACUCGAUCCACCUCGACCGCCUUCAAAAAGUGGCGGACAAGCUCAAGGGCCGCUCGGUCUACGACACAAACGCCGUCUACCAGCUCUGUCUCGACUCGCUGGAAGGCGACACGAGCACGGGAGGCGAUGGCAUGGCCGGCAUGGUCACCACGGCAUUUGUAGCAGAUAAGGUCUUCUCCCCGUUCGAGGUCGCGUGCCUCGACAUCCAGGGCAAGCUGGCCGGCGUGCCAGUGAGCGACCUGCUCGGCGGUCGCGUUAGGGACAACGUUCAGUAUUCAGCCUACCUCUUCUACAAGUGGGCUGGCCACCCCGGCCAGCCCGAUGACGAGUACGGCGCCGCGCUAGACCCGGCAGGCUUGGUAGCACAGGCGCGCAAGAUGAUCGACGAGUACGGCUUCCAGGCCAUCAAGCUCAAGGGCGGCGUCUUCCCUCCUGCGGAAGAAGUCGCCGCGAUCAAAGCCCUGCACACCGCGUUCCCCGACCUACCACUCAGAAUCGACCCCAACGCCGCGUGGACCGUUGACACGUCGAUAUGGGUGGCCAAGGAGCUCGAAGGCAUCUUACAAUACCUCGAGGACCCGGCCGGCGAGAUCGAGGGGAUGGCCGCCGUGGCGACGCAAGCGCCGAUGCCGCUAGCGACCAACAUGGCGGUCGUGGCCUUCUCGCACCUCCCGCCGGCGAUCCUGCAGAAGGCUGUGCAGGUCGUCCUCUCGGACCACCACUUCUGGGGCGGGCUGCGCAAGUCGCAGACCCUGGCGGCCAUCUGCGCGACGUGGGGGAUGCGCCUGUCAAUGCACUCCAACAGUCACCUAGGCAUCUCGCUAGCGGCCAUGACGCACCUCGCGGCGGCGACGACAAACGUUGACUACGCCUGCGACACGCACUGGCCGUGGAAGCAGCGCGACGAGGAUGUCGUUGUGGACGGGGCGCUGAAGUGGGACAAGGGCGGUGUUGUGGUCCCGACGGCGCCGGGGCUAGGUGUCGAGCUGGACAGGGAGAGGCUGGCUCGGCUGCACCAGCAGUAUCUUGACUGCGGGCUGCGGAAGAGGGAUGACACCACGUACAUGAGGAAGUUUCAGCCAGACUUUUCGGACAAGAUACCGAAAUGGUAG